AUGGAGAAAGCCUUCAAGAAAGUCAUUGCAUUUACAAAUAAUAGCUUAUCAGGAGAUCUUCCCAAUGGUUUAUGCAAGCAUCUCACAAUACUCAGGAGGCUUGAUCUAUCAAAAAACAAGCUUGAUGGUCAUAUGCCUAAAAGCUUGUCAAAUUGUUCAAAACUUCAAAUAUUGUCUCUAUCCGAAAAUGAUUUUGAUGGACGAAUACAUAGUGAAAUUGGAAGAUUGAGUAACUUGCAGACAUUAGAUAUCACAUCUAACCAUUACACAGGUGAAAUACCCAAGAUAAACAAUCUCGUUGAACUGGAGGAAUUUGAUGUUGGGUUCAAUAGUUUUAGUGGUUCACUUGCAAUGGAGACUUUCAACAAAUCACGGCUGAGAAUAAUUUCUCUUGCAUACAAUAAUAUAUCAGGAACCCUACCAUCAAACAUAGGUUCUAUCUUACCAAACGUUGAAGAGCUUUAUCUGAAUAGCUUAACCAAUCUUGUUGGGACUAUUCCUCAUUCUAUCUCCAAUUGUUCCAAACUUACUCUCCUAGAGCUUUCAGAUAACAAACUCACAGACUUGAUUCCCAAUUCUCUUGGAUAUUUGACACGUCUACAAGCCCUAAACCCUCUAAACGGCAUGCUUCCAGUAUCAGCAGGGAACCUUUCCACAUCUCUUACAUUGUUUUACGCACAUAAUUGCAAGAUCAAAGGUCGAAUUCCAAAUGAAGUCGGGAACUUAAGCAGCUUAUUAGAUCUCGAUCUUUCUGGAAACAACUUGGUUGGAUCCAUUCCCAGAACAAUUGGCAACUUGCAAAACAUUCAGCGCUUCAAAAUGAGUGACAACAAACUUAUAGGAUUUAUUGAAGAUAAUAUUUGUUUGGAAUUCCUAGACAUUUCUCAUAAUAAUAUAUCAGGAAUCAUUCCCAUGUCUUUGGAGAAACUACAAUACCUCGAUUAUUUCAAUGUUUCAUUCAACAAGUUGCGCGGUGAAAUACCCUCGAGGGGUCCUUUCAAGAACCUCUCGAGUCAAUUUUUCAUCAACAAUGAAGCAUUGUGUGGUUUGUCAAGGUUUAAUGUCCCACCAUGCCCCACUUCAUUAACGCAUAGAUCAAAUAGGAAAAUGAUAUUGCUAGUUCUAUUUCUUUUGCUAGGAAUAGCACUUGUAUUAGUUCCUAUCGUCUUUCUGUUCCUAUGGAUAAGGUAUAGAAGAGGUAAAAGAGCUCCUCAACAAGCUGAUUCAUUGUCUAUGGCAACAACAGAAAGAAUUUCUUACUAUGAACUGCUCCAAGCAACUGAUUCGCUUAGCGAGAGUAAUCUGAUUGGUUCUGGAAGUUUUGGCUCUGUUUACAAAGGCGUUCUCAGAAGUGGAACUGCCAUUGCAGUUAAAGUGUUCAAUCUGCAACUGGAAGCAGCAUUCAAGAGUUUCGAUACAGAAUGUGAAGUUUUGCGUAGCCUUCGCCAUAGGAAUCUUGUGAAAGUCAUCACUAGUUGCUCCAACCUUGAUUUCAAGGCUUUAGUGCUCGAGUAUAUGCCUAAUGGAAGUCUUGAAAAGUAUUUGUAUUCGCACAACUACUUCCUAGACAUCAGGCAGAGACUAAGUAUUAUGAUAGAUGUGGCAUGUGCAUUGGAAUAUUUCCAUCAUGGAUGCUCCUCUCCCGUGAUUCAUUGUGAUCUGAAGCCUAGUAACGUCUUGCUAGAUGAGGAUAUGGUUGCCCACCUAAGUGACUUUGGUAUUUCAAAACUGCUCAGUGAAGAUGAGAGUGAUUUAUACACAAAAACCUUAGCAACAUUUGGUUAUAUUGCACCAGGUACGUCUCUUUGUUUUUGUUAA